GCAGACACUCCCUCCUCCCAGUGCCAAGAAAAAGCAGAACAUAUAGCUGAUCCAGCUCGGUCACCUCUUUAUCAAAACAAGAUGAAAAAUCUACUUUUGCUGCUUCUCUUGUGUCACAUUUCGUCAUCAGUAAAACACUCCCUGAAGUUUUUCUUCACUGCAUCUUCUGGAGUCCCAAACUUCCCACAGCUUCUGGGUGCUGCAAUGGUUGAUGACCUUCUGACGGGUUACUGUGACACCAAUAUAAAGAUAAUACAACCAAAACAGGACUGGAUGAAAACAGCAUUAGAAAACAAUCCGCAGCAGUUGGAGUGGUACACUCGACACUGUUUGGAGAACCUGCCACAUACUUACAAACACAGGAUGGACAACUUAAAGCAGCGCUUCAACCAAAGUGGAGGUAUCCACAUUUUCCAGAUGAUGAGUGGCUGUGGGUGGGAUGAUGAAACUGGAGAGGUUAAGGGUUUUAUGCAGUAUGGUUAUGAUGGAGAAGACUUCAUAUCAUUGGACCUGAAGACACUGACAUGGAUCGCUCCGAAACCACAGGCUGUCGUCACCAAACUGAGAUGGAAUGCUGACAAAGUCAGACUAAUAGACCAUGAAAACUACUUAACUCAUGUUUGUCCUGAGUGGCUGAAGGUUUAUGUGGCCAUUGGAAAGAGCUAUCUGCAGAGAAAAGACCUUCCCUCAGUGUCUCUCCUCCAGAAGUCUCCCUCCUCUCCAGUCAGCUGCCACGCUACAGGUUUCUACCCUGACAGAGCCAUGAUGUUCUGGAGGAAAGAUGGAGAGGAGAUUCAUGAGGACGUGGAGCUCAGAGAGAUCCUCCCCAACCACGAUGGAUCCUUCCAGAUGAGUGUUGACCUGAACCUGUCAUCAGUCCCACCUGAAGACUGGAGGAGGUACAACUGUGUGUUUCAUCUCUCUGGUGUGAAGGACCACAUCGUCACCAAACUGGACAAAGCAGUGAUCAGGACCAACAUGGAGAAGCCCCGUGACAUCACCGUCCCCAUCACUGCAGCAGUGGUUGUUCUCGUCCUCGUCGCUGCCUCUGGAUUCAUCGUUUACAAAAAGAGGAAAGGUGCUGUUUAACUGGCUUUUCUAGUUCUUUGAUUUUGGUCUUUGAGUUGAUGCUUUUAUCCUGGUUGCAUUUGAAUUGAAUUGAAACAAACAUCAGUUCCCUGCAACUCAAUUUUAUACAACCAACAGUAAGUGCUGUCAGGCUCAAAGCCUAUCCGUCAUCAGUUUCAAUUUUCAAUUAAUUUUAUUUCUAA